AUGCUGGAGGGGCUAGAGGAGUGGGAGAUCCAGCCAGACGAGAUUGUGCUGGGGCCGCGCAUCGGCAUCGGCAGCUUUGGCGAGGUGUACCGCGGCAUCUGGCGACAGACAGACGUGGCAGUGAAGCGGCUGCUCGACCAGGAGGUUUCGCCGCAGAUGCUGGAGGAGUUCCGGCAGGAGAUCAGCAUCAUGAAGCGCCUGCGCCACCCACACAUCGUGCAGUUUCUGGGCGCCGUCACCCAGCCGCCGCACCUGUGCAUCGUCACCCAGUUUGUGCCGCGCGGCUCGCUGUUCAAGCUGCUGCACCGCACCCCGGCGUUCAACCCCGACGAGCGGCGGCGCCUGCAGAUGGCUCUGGACAUUGCUCGCGGCAUGAACUUCCUGCACACCUGCAAGCCGCCCAUCAUCCACCGCGACCUCAAGAGCCCCAACCUGCUGGUGGACAAGGACCUGACUGUGAAGGUGUGCGACUUUGGGCUGUCGCGGGCGCGGCGCUCCACCAUGCUGAGCACCAAGAGCCAGGCUGGCACGCCAGAGUGGACGGCGCCAGAGGUGCUGCGCAGCCAGCCGUACAACGAAAAGUGCGACGUGUACAGUUACGGCGUGAUCCUGUGGGAGCUGAUGACCAAUGAGGAGCCCUGGCACGACAAGUCGGCGAUGCAGGUGGUGGGCGCGGUGGGGUGGAACGACGAGCGGCUGGGCACGCCAGAGGAGGGGCCGCCCGCCAUACGAGAACUCAUAGAUGCAUGCUUCGGCGAGCCGGCGGGGCGCCAGUCCUUCAGCGAGAUCAUCCCAAUGCUCAAAGGCAUGAUCAAGGCGAUGGGGCCGCCCGCCGGGUAUGAGCACCACUAGGACGCCGCUCAGCUGCCCACCCCUUCCAGGCGCAGCGCCAUACCUGCUGCACGGGGGUUGGGCAGCGUGUCACACCCCUCAUGCAUUCAAAACCCUCGCACAUCAACCCCCUCUGCACUCAGGAUAUACACAGCACGCUUUCUGUGCCACUCCUUUUCUCUUUUCCCACCUCGACAGCACUAUACUUGGCCUCUCUGCUCCUUUCCUCUUUCCCCAACCAGUGCUGUCUCUUUGGCCACUGGGCACUCCCAUUCGUUGACCACCCAGUUUUGCCAGUUCGCCAAGGAGGCUGUGCUGCUGCACGCAGGUAGCAGUCCCCAUCUCUCACCUCCCUCGCCAGCGAUUGUACCCUCUAGAUCGCUCUUCGGUUUAUGUUUAACUCUGCAGUAUUUAUCCUGACUCAGAUCUUUAUCUCUUAUUUCCAAAAUGAUUGUUUCAGCAUGCAUCCCUUUCACAGCAUUCCUGGAGCUGUAACGCACACAACAAC